AUGUCAAAUUCGAAGCCAAAUCCUUACAGGAGAUACUUUCGUUGUGCUUUUGCGGCAGAGAAAAGGCUGAGUAAUGAUAAUCACAGUUACAAAUGGGUUGAUGAGGCUUUGUUGGAUGAGGUUAAAGCAUUGUGGUUUAGGAUAGGGAGACUUGAACAGGGCAUGUUGACUGGUCGUGUGGAAGAAGAAAGGGAUGCCCAAGAAGAGAAGACAAAGUUUGAAGAGUUUGGAUUGAAGUUAGAGACCGAGAUUUCUGCAAGAAUGGAAGAUGUUGUGAAUGAAGUCAAAAGCGAGGUGAAGAAGGCGCUGGUGCUUGUUGUUUUAGGAUUUGUGGGGAUGGUUGUGUUGGCUAAGAUACUAUAA